AUGGUAGUGAACGAGAAUGAGAACGCCCAGACUUCCUGCUUGGUUUCUUCAGUAGGAUAGAUCCCUCUGUUGUUACUGAAGGGAAUGGAGAUGUUGCUCCACUUUCAAAUCAAAUCAAAUCAAAUGUUAUUGGCCACAUGCGCCGAAUACAACAGGUGCAGACAUUACAGUGAAAUGCUUACUUACAGCCCUUAACCAACAGUGCAUUUAUUUUUAAUAAAAAAGUAAAAUAAAACAACAACAAAAAAGUGUUGAGAAAAAAAGAGCAGAAGUAAAAUAAAAUAACAGUAGGGAGGCUAUAUAUACAGGGGGGUACCGGUGCAGAGUCAAUGUGCGGGGGCAACGGCUAGUUGAGGUAGUUGAAGUAAUAUGUACAUGUGGGUAGAGUUAAAGUGACUAUGCAUAAAUAAUUAACAGAGUAGCAGCAGCGUAAAAAGAUGGGGUGGGGGGGCAGUGCAAAUAGUCCGGGUAGCCAUGAUUAGCUGUUCAGGAGUCUUAUGGCUUGGGGGUAGAAGCUGUUGAGAAGUCUUUUGGACCUAGACUUGGCACUCCGGUACCGCUUGCCGUGUGGUAACAGAGAGAAAAGUCUAUGACUAGGGUGGCUGGAGUCUUUGACAAUUUUGAGGGCCUUCCUCUGACACCGCCUGGUAUAGAGGUCCUGGAUGGCAGGAAGCUUGGCCCCAGUGUUGUACUGGGCCGUACGCACUAUCCUCUGUAGUGCCUAUGCGGUCGGAGGCCAAGCAGUUGCCAUACCAGGCGGUGAUGCAACCAGUCAGGAUGCUCUCGAUGGUGCAGCUGUAGAAUUUUUUGAGGAUCUGAGGACCCAUGCCGAAUCUUUUUAGUCUCCUGAGGGGGAAUAGGCUUUGUCGUGCCCUCUUCACGACUGUCUUGGUGUGUUUGGACCAUGAUAGUUCAUUGGUGAUGUGGACACCAUGGAACUUGAAGCUCUCAACCUGUUCCACUACAGCCCCGUCGAUGAGAAUGAGGGCGUGCUCAGUCCUCUUUUUUUUCCCUGUAGUCCACAAUCAUCUCCUUUGUCUUGGUCACGUUGAGGGAGAGGUUGUUAUCCUGGCACCACACGGCCAGGUCUCUGACCUCCUCCCUAUAUGCUGUCUCAUCGUUGUCGGUGAUCAGGCCUACCACUGUUGUGUCGUCGGCAAACUUAAUGAUGGUGUUGGAGUCGUGCCUGGCCAUGCAGUCAUGGGUGAACAGGGAGUACAGGAGGGGACUGACCACGCACCCCUGAGGGGCCCCGUGUUGAGGAUCAGUGUGGCAGAUGUGUUGUUACCUACCCUUACCACCUGGGGGCGGCCCGUCAGGAAGUCCAGGAUCCAGUUGCAGAGGGAGGUGUUUAGUCCCAGGAUCCUUAGCUUAGUGAUGAGCUUUGAGGGCACUAUGGUGUUGAAUGCUGAGCUGUAGUCAAUGAAUAGCAUUCUCACGUAGGUGUUCCUCUUGUCCAGGUGGGAAAGGGCAGUGUGGAGUGCAAUAGAGAUUGCAUCAUCUGUGGAUCUGUUGGGGCGGUAUGCAAAUUGGAGUGGGUCUAGGGUUUCUGGGAUAAUGGUGUUUAUGUGAGCCAUGACCAGCCUUUCAAAGCACUUCAUGGCUACAGACGUCAGUGCUACGGGUCGGUAGUCAUCUAGGCAGGUUAUCUUAGUGUCCUUGGGCACGGGGACUAUGAUGGUCUGCUUGAAACAUGUUGGUAUUACAGACUCAGUCAGGGACAUGUUGAAAAUGUCAGUGAAGACACUUGCCAGUUAGUCAGCACAUGCUCGGAGUACACGUCCUGGUAAUCCGUCUGGCCCUGCGGCCUUGUGAAUGUUGACCUGCUUAAAAGUCUUACUCACAUCGGCUACGGAGAGCGUGAUCACAUAGUCAUCCGGAACAGCUGGUGCUCUCAUGCAGUCUGGUAGUCUGGUUAAGUCAAUGGUAAGUUGUGUUCUUCUACUGUUCAUGUUAUAGGCUAGACCUUCUUUGGUUGCUCCUUUUCUGAAUUCCUCUUCAACGAUGACUGCUUUUGAGAAAUACAUUUUAUGCCGUAGUAGAUCAAUGAGCUGAUUAACUAUUUUGCUCUCCAUUACAGUGCACUCACAUUUCUGAACUUGAACAGGUUGUUCCUACACAAGAGAGCAGGCCCAGAUCAAACACUGUUCCACAGGGAUCAGGAGCUUUGCUCAAGCUGCAGCCGCCGCCCUACAUCAAACACCUUAAGCAGGCACUGACACUGACACAGACACUUAGGGCCGCAAAGGGAAGCUGUGUGUCAUUCAAAUUUGCCUGAGCAUAUAACAUACUACCCUCAUGAGCACAUUAACAUAAGUUUAUUUGAAGGAGUGUGGUGUUAGCCUGAGAUCUGAGCCCCCUGUAAUUGGCUAGGACCUCCGCUGAAUCGGUUUACUAACCUCUGAUGACUCUGAAUCUUGUGUCCAUUUUGUACUGUAGAAGCAGGGUUGGGUAGGUUACCUUCCAAAUGUCAUCCGUUACAGUAACUAGCUUCCUGUCCAAAACUGUAAUCAGUAACGUAACUUUUGGAAUACCCAAACUCAGUAACGUAAUCUGAUUACUUUCAGUUACUUUUUGAUUGCUUUACCCUUAAGAGGCAUUAAAAUAAGACAAAAAGGAUCCAUCAAACUCAUUUUAUGUGUCAUCAUAGUGGUCUCUGACUUGUCAGACUCAAUCACGUGGAACAAACUUAAGCUUGCGCCUAUUUUCAAUGCUGAAAUUAAUGUAGUUGAGAAAACAGAAAGGUGUCAUUUGUUUUUACCCAAACAAAAGUAAUCCAAUAAGUAAUCAUUUAGUUUUCCAGAAGUAUCUGUAAUCUGAUUACAAUAUUUUUGCUGGUAACGUAACUGAUUACACUUACAGAUUUGUUUUGGUAAUCAGAUCACAUGUAACCGAUUACAUGUAAUCAGUUACGUUACAUGUAAUCAGUUACUUCUCAACCAUGUGUAGAAUAAUUAUCAUCAGCAGUUUAUUUGUGAUCUCUCUGACUGGGAGACAUGUGUGCUUCACCUACAGUAAAUUCGGAAAGUAUUCAGACCCCUUGCCUUUUUCCACAUUUUGAAACGUUACAGCCUUAUUCUAAAAUUGAUUAAAUAAAUGUUUUUCCUUAUCAAUCUACACACAAUACCCCAUAAUGACGAAGUGAAAACAGGUUUUUAGAAUUUUUUGCACAUUUAUUAAAAGUAAAAAACUGAAAUACCUUAUUUACAUAAGUAUUCAGACCCUUUGCUUUGAGACUUGAAAUUUAGCUCAGGUGCAUCCUGUUUCCAUUGAUCAUCCUUGAAAUGUUUCUACAACUUUAUUGGAGUACACCUGUGGUAAAUUCAAUUGAUUGGACAUGAUUUGGAAAGGCACACACCUGUCUAUUUAAGGUCCCACAGUUGACAGUGCAAGUCAGAGCAAAAACUAAGCCAUGAGAUUGAAGUAAUUGUCCGUAGAGCUCCGAGACAGGAUUGUGUUGAGGCACAAGACUCUUACUAGAGCUGGCAGCCCGGGGGAGAAGGGGGAGAAGGGCCUUGGUCAGGGAGGUGACCAAGAACCCGAUGGUCACUCGGAGAGAGUUCCAGAGUUCCUCUGUGGAGAUGGGAGAACCUUACAGAAGGACAACCAUCUCUGCAGCACUCCACCAAUCAGGUAUUUAUGGUAGAGUGGCCAUACAAAAGCCACUCCUCAGUAAAAGGCAAAAUAGCCCGCUUGGAGUCUGCCAAAAGGCACCUAAAGGACUCUCAGACCAUUAGAAACAAGAUUCUCUGGUCUGAUGAAACCAAGAUUGAACUCUUUGGCCUGAAUGCCAAGCGUCAUGUCUGGGGGAAACCUGGCACCAUCCCUACAGAGAAGCAUGGUGGUAGCAGCAUCAUGCUGUUGGGAUGUUUUUCAGCGGCAGGGACUGAGAGACUAGUCAGGAUCAAGGGAAAGAUGAACAGAGCAAAGUACAGAGAGAUCCUUGAUGAAAAUCUGCUCCAGAGCACUCAGGACCUCAGACUGGGGCGGAGGUUCAACUUCCAACAGGAAAACGACCCUAAGCACAAAGCCAAGACAACACAGGAGUGGCAUCGGGACAAGUCUCUAAAUGUCCUUGAGUGGCCCAGCCAGAGCCCGGACUUGAACCCGAUCUAACAUCUCUGGAGAGACCUGAAAAUAGCUGUGCAGCGACACUCCCCAUCCAACCUGACCGAGCUUGAGAGGAUCUGCAGAGAACAAUGGGAGAAACUCCCCAAAUACAGGCGUGCCAAGCUUGUAGCGUCAUACCCAAGAAGACUCGAUGCUGUAAUCGCUGCCAAAGGCGCUUCAACAAAGUACUGAGUAAAGGGUCUGAAUACUUAUGUAAAUGUGAUAUUUACGUUUUUCUACAAUCCUGUUUUUGCUUUGUCAUUACGGGGUAUUGUGUGUAGAUUGAUGAGGGAAAAAAACAAUUAAAUCAAUUUUAGAAUAAGGCUGUAACGUAACAAAAUGUGGAAAAAGUCUAUAUCUGAUAAAUUUUUGUUUGGUAUGGCUCUAAUGACAUUUUGGUUUCAAUGGUAGCAGUUGCCUUUCAUAGCCUUUUCCCAGUUAAAGUCCCAAGAGGCUCCAUAUUGUAGGUGCUCGCCCUCAAUAUUAACUCAGUGACGUUCUCUGUCUUUUGAGAUCUGUUAGGAAUUACCAGUACUCACAAUAGAUUUAACUAUUUCAUAGCAGUUUUUCAAUUUCGUUUGUGCAGAUUUUUGGAAUUGGAAGUUGAAUCAGCACACUUUUAUAUGUGUACAUGACAUCAAAAUGACAAGAUCAGAGUUCAAAGAUUGAUUACUACCGUGAUUCUUCUGUUCUUCUUCAGACUUUUCGUGCAGUGGAAACACUCCCAGCAAUGAGCCCUGUUGGACGAUGGGAGCCACAUAACAGUAGAUCGUAGAAAGAAAAUAGAGAGCAAGUGCAUCCAAACUUUCCCCCUGCAGCUCUGUGGUUGGUGUUUCAAAUUCUAGGCGCAUCACCCCCUGCUGCCGGAGCUGUGGCAGGAUGACACCUGAGGUGCCGCCUCCUGUAGGAGCGCUGUGCCCUCUUACUCCCCUGCUUGACUUUGGGUUUCACACAGCCAGCCCUUUGUUUACACUGACAGGAUGCGCUGGCUACUGACCUGGAAAAAGUGGCCAAGACGGGUUGUCUUGUAAGUAGGUGGGGGCUUCUGGUGAUGUAUGGGCUUCUCAUGGGACCUUUCACUGCGCCUGCUGGAGAUGCCUGCACACCCUCUCUCUCUUUCUCUCUUUCCCCCUCUCACUUUCCCCCUCUCUCUCUUUCUCUCAGCCCCUCUCUCAUCCCAUCUAGUCACUGGUGGUUUUGCAUGAGUCUCUCCCUGCCAUGUUUUCCACAGCCAAUCACCAGGGUCAUUCAUCAUUAUUGUCAGGGUGGUAAUGUGUGUGGGUGGGUGCAGAGAUCCAGGACUUCUUUGUUUGAAUGAACCUCAUUAAAUUGACUCUUCUUUGUGAAGGAUCCUCUCAGAGAAUAAGUCUGGCAGUCAUUUUGGUGAUUUACCGACGAUGGCCAAUGUAACAUGACGUUUCAGCCAAGCUUGUUUGCUGGUAGCUAUGGAGAAGUGUCUGACUCAGUCAUGUGAGGGUCGUUUUGGCUUCAUCAUUCUUCAGUUCAUGCACACUAGGUGUGCUGCCUACACUGUCUUAAUAGCCUUUUCUAACGUGUGCCUGGGCUCUUGUGCAUUAUGUUGCCAUAUCCAAAUACACAAUACCCUGUAAAUACUCAAAUCUCCCCAUCCCCAUCAGGAUCUUUUAGCAGCACAAUGAAGUUUGGUCUUCCUUAUUAGAGACUAUCUUUGUCAGGUUGUCUUUAAUUAAUCAGCCCCAUCCCAAGGGAUGAUAUUUUUAGCCACCUGUUUGGAGGCUAAGGCUCCUUCUUUACCCACACAGGGCACUAAUGAGAUGGAGCGGUAGCACAGGCAACCGUUAAUUAAGUAUGCAAGAGAAGAGGCUAAAAGCAACACGCUCACACAGUACAUACAUUAACUUUAUCCCACCACAUGCAUGUUCUUCUCUCCUUGUUGAUUUUUUUGGGUCGUUUUUUCACGUAGGUCACAUAAACAACAGAUGGCUCUGACGCCGACCUGUGGAAGGACAGCUUAUUCAAAUCCAAGGUCGCCCGCUACCUCUGUUUCACCAGAGAUAAUGUAAAUGUAAACUUCUCCCUUUCCCUAUGCAUCGUGCAGUAACACCUCAUCCCUAACACCUUUGCCCUCUCUAGCGUUCUCCUGUGGAGAUCUUUGAUCAUUGAAACUCCAAUAAUGGACCAUGAAUUUUAAAAGUCUGGUAUUUGAAAUGAAUGCAAAUCCCAAUCUGAAUUUUGGAUUAUAUGAUUGCAUUUUAUUCUUGAUGUGUGAUACCUUGGUGGGCUCCCAGGAUUAUAUUGUUGAUGUUCUUGCGUCCUCCAGAGAGGCAGAUGUAUGAUUAUUCAUAGUAUUAGAAUGAGCUUGUAUUUAAACUAUUUCAAUUUAUUUAAUUAACCUUGUCCCUGUACAGAAUGUGGAUACCUUCCAGUUAUUCUUCAAAGAUGAUGCACACAUUUUAAAAAAUGACAUUUUGAAUAUUUAUAAGAAAUGAAACUUCUAAAUCCCAGUUCAAUAGAGUUGGAAAUGGGGCACCUGUUUAAAAUAACAGUCAUAACUCUGUGAAUUGAGCUCUCUUUGAAUGUUCUCUACAUAUCAACUGUUAGGCACGUUUUCACAUUUCUUUUGUACAUAUAAAAAACAUUUGAGAAUAGAGAACAGUGAUGUUCCUGCUAUAAAGCCUAAAGUUGCCAUGGAAUAUAAAUAUAGUAUUGUAGUGGGCACAGAGUGUUGCAUAGUUGUCAUCAAUACAUAUGCUCCAACAUUCACACUUCCUUUGCUUUUCCUGUGGCUCAGUUGCCUAUUUAAUUGAAGAAAACGUAACAGUGCAUAACCAUAUGCUACCUAUGCUAAGUAUACUAUUGUUUUUUAAACUUAAACAUGGAGAAUUUGCACAAAUUUAGCUAACUAUGUGACAUGGGUUUACUCCAUUCAUCAGACUGACCAAGUAAUGGUCCUACAUGAACCAAGUGAUGAUUUAGAUGGGCCCUAUACAGUACAUGAACAUUCUUCAGUCCAAAAGACUGAUGGUAUGUAAACAGGAUUGUAAUGAUUCGACAUCCACUUCAACCUUUGUUCCUUUCCACAGUUUCUGUCAGUGUCUUCAUUUACAGCCUUGUGGUUAGAGUUUAUCAGCUGAAUGAAUGCCACAUUGUAUAGUCCUCGACUUUUAUUUGAUAAAACUAUGAUUUUACCUCAUUGGUAUACAUAACAGCAUUUUUACCUGCAAUAAAUUAUUUCUGUGUGUUCACUUUGACAUAUUCUCGUGACAAAUCAAUAAUUUAUGGUUGGAUACUAUGACUAAUUCUGAAAAUAGUUCCUCCAUUAGAAUCCUUGUGAGUGUGUAGACACCUGUAGAUGGAGCUCAGUCUGGUCCACAGUUUAGUUUGUAUCACACAAAUAGCUUUGCCCUCAUUCCUGUGUGUUAUCUUAAAAUGUGUGUCGGUGCUGUGUUUAAAGACUUUGACACAAAUAAAACAUGACAGAGCCAUCAACAAAGGCUAUUUUGUCUGCCAGUCAAUGUAGCCCUCUCUGUAAUUGUCAUUGACAAAAACAGAUUCUGCAAAAUGAACCACUGAAUUAUGUGGAGGGAAGUAAACAGUUUGAGAUUCAUCAUACUCUAGGUUGGAUGUAGAUGGCCCUUUUGUCAGGUCCUGAUGGGAAAAAUCUAUCUUGCAAAAACCACUACAAAAACAAGGUUUCAUGCAUAGUAAUAACAUUCAUCCAUAUUCCACCCUAAGUCAGAAUAAAAACGAUGAAUAAAAAAUAUAUCUAAUGGUAAUGACUGCUGGGCAAAAGGAGCAGUGGAAUCCAGACUUUCGGACGCAUCAAGUCACGGCUCGGUCGCCACACUCUCCAAUGCCGCUGUGUAUUAUUGCAAUUUAUUACAGGGAAAGAUUUCAAUAUAAUGACAGGAGACUGGGAGGAGUCAUGCUUGAAAAUGACAAAUAAAUGGUCCCUGAUUGUUUUUAACCAGUCCCAUUCUGAUGAACAGGCAAUCCUGCCUGCCUCGCACACUGUUCCUCUCACCGAGGGUUGAGAAUGAUUGCAAGUUCACAGAUGCAUUCUAAUUUUUUAAAGUAGCUAUUUUGGAGUAAUUACUUCCACCAUCGUGUCAACUCCUCUCUUUAGAGACUUCCCAAGCUUUUAGGAAAUCGUUGAUUCAAUUGUCUUUGUAAUUUAUUUUCAGACCCUUACAAAAACGUUAUAACCCUUACCCCCCUCACUACUUUUGGAAUGAGAUAUGUUUCUUACUAUCUAUUACAUGUGAAAUGUGCGAACAGUAAGUGGAUAUGUAAUUCUGAAUGUUUUCCUGUAAAGCCAGUCAUCAGAUGUGCUCGUUGACUUGAGGUUGAUCGAUUUGAAGGACACUCUAAAAAAGGGCUUUAUACCCAUUCAAGAAACAGUGGACACCAGUAAGUAAGCAGUUUCCCCUAAACCACAGCUUUGCUUGAGAUGGUGAAUGUUUUAUGGAUGCAGGUUAGCUUUAUUUACGAUAGUCUGUGGGAAUAAAAUAAAUAUUUUGCCCUGGAGGUACAAGUGAAGAGAAUCAUGAGUCAUUGUUUAUCUCAGUUGGAGCUGUGCUUUUCUUUAUGAGGGGCUUAUUUAUUUAUGUAUUUAUUUGGGGAGAGGACGAGUGGAUGGGGUUAUCUAAUAUUAAUGAAAUGCAUUCCCCAAUGCUUUAGUGGUCUUUGAGUGCUAUGUAUUCCCCCCUCACUAUCCAGGCCUUGAAAAUGUAAUAAUAUUUUGGUGUGGGGAGUGAGAACAGCUUGUUUAUUAUUUUUAUUACCAUUGCAUUUACACUGCAAUUUCUAUCCCUGGUUGGAAAUAAAUGGGUGAGGCACAGAAGUAAUAUGGACAAGCAUGGCUAUGUUUUCUAGCUGGAAUAAAGAACAGAAAUAUUAUAUAUUGUUGGGCUAUGGUUUAAUGUAAUGUUUUAUUACUUCAUGUGAAUCCAUGUUUAAUGUAUACAACUAACAUUAUGUAUGACAUUUUAUCCUCCAUAUCGAGUACAAAACCACAUUUAUAUAAGCUAGCAAUAUACUGUGGCUGCUGUAGGAGUUAGCAUUUGUCUUUCAUUUUCGAAACAAAGAUGUUAAACGAUCAUCAUCAUUGAUUUUUGUCAGUGCUUACAGUGUAUUCUCUGUGUUUAUAUUUCAUAUCAUUCUACCACGCAUAGCUGUGACAAAGAAUUGAAUUUGGCCUCUAGUUCAUGAUCCCUAAUAUGGUCUGUCUCCCUUAUUGCUUGUCAGAGGAGCCUGCCUUGAGGAAGAGGAGGCUGUGCGUAAAGCUCGGCCUACGCGUAGCCACAAAAACUGCUGUGUGUGACAUCCAGAUCCAGGGGAAGUCCGAGCACACCCCUGCACACUACACUUGUAUCGGGUACUUGGACAGACCUACGGAAGGCAGAAGGAAUAUUGUUUUUAUUGUCGUACUUUCUCCCUGACACCCAUAGCAUUGUAUUUGUUUGGAAAUGCAGUACCAUGGCAAGAUUCUCAGUAGGCUUUCAUUGAUUUCACAUAAUCUCCAAUGAGCAGGAUUCCUAUUUUCCUUCUCAAAACGAACUUUGCCUGCAGCCUGCUAGAGGCACCUGCCUGGACAUGAACAGUGCACAGCCUGCAAGUAGUAACUCUUCUGCUCUGAUCAUCCUCAUUUCUGACAUUGUUCAUCAAUCAUAUACAGUGCCUUCGGAAAGUAUUCAGACCCUUUGACUGUUUUCACAUUUUGUUACGUUACAGCUUUAUUCAAAAAUAAUAAUAAUAUCCUUUGUCAAUCUACACGCAACACCCGAUAAUGACAAAGCAAAAACAGGUUUUUAGAAAUGUUUGCUAAUUUAUAUUUAAAAAAACAGAAAUAUCACAUUUCCAUAAGUAUUCAGACCCUUUACCCAGUACUUUGUUGACGCACCUUUGGCAGCGAAUACAGCAUCAAGUCUUCUUGGGUAUGACGCUACAAGCUUGGCACACCUGUAUUUGGAGAGUUUCUCCCAUUCUAUAAUAUACCAUUUAGCAGACGCUUUUAUCCAAAGCGACUUACAGUCAUGCGUGCAUAAAUUUUUUGUGUACGGGUCGUCCCGGGGAUCAAACCAACUACCUUGGCGUUACAAGCGCCGUGCUCUACCAGCUGAGCUACAGCUUCCGUCUGGCCACUCUACCAUUCUUCUCUGCAGAUCCUCUCAAUCUCUGUCAGGUUGGAUGGGGAGCAUCGCUGAACAGCUAUUUUCAGGUCUCUCCAGAGAUGUUUGAUCGGGUUCAAGUCCAGGCUCUGGCUGGGCCACUCAAGGACAUUCAGAGACUUGUCCCGAAGCCACUCCUGCGUUGUCUUGGCUUUGUGCUUAGGGUCGUUUUCCUGUUGGAAGGUGAACCUUCGCCCCAGUCUGAGGUCCUGAGUGCUCUGGAGUAGGUUUUCAUCAAGGAUCUCUCUGUACUUUGCUCCGUUUAUCUUUCCCUCGAUCUUGACUAGUCUCUCAGUCCCUGCCGCUGAAAAACAUCCCCAUAGCUUGAUGCUGCUACCACCAUGCUUCACCGUAGGGAUGAUGCCAGGUUUCCUCCAGACGUGUCACUUGGCAUUCAGGCCAAAUAAUUCAAUCUUGAUUUUAUCAGACCAGAGAAUCUUGUUUCUCAUGGUCUGAGAGUCUUUAGGUGCCUUUUGGCAAACUCCAAGUGGGCAGUCAUGUGCCUUUUACUGAGGAGUGGCUUCCGUCUGGCCACUCUACCAUAAAGGCCAGAUUGGUGGAGUGCUGCAGAGAUGGUUGUCCUUCUAGUAGGUUCUCCCUUCUCCACAGAGGAACUCUAGAGUUCUGUCAGAGUGACCAUCGGGUUCUUGGUCACCUCCCUGACCAAGGCCCUUCGCCCUUCCCCAGAUCUGUGUCUCGACACAAUUCUGUCUCGGAGCUCUACAGACAAUUCCUUCAACCUCAUGGCUUGGUUUUUGCUCUGACAUGCGCUGUCAACUGUGGGACCUUAUAUAGACAGGUGUUUGCCUUUCCAAAUCAUGUCCAAUCAAUAGAAUUUACCACAGGUGGACUCCAAUCAACAUCUCAAGGAUGAUCAAUGGAAACAGGAUGCACCUGAGCUCAAUUUUCAGAGUCUCAUAGCAAAGGGUCUGAAUACUUAUGUAAAUAAGGUACUUCUGUUUUUUACUUUUAAUAAAUUUGCAAACAUUUCUACAAACCUGUUUUCACUUUGUCAUUAUGGGGUAUUGUGUUUAGAUUGCUGAGGAUUUGUAUUUAUUUAAUCCACUUUAGAAUAAGUCUGUAACGUAACAAAAUGUGGAAGAAAUCAAGGGUUCUGAAUACUUUCCGGAGGCACUUUAUGUGCUAUACUCUCAUUAGUUAUUUUAUUGGUGGCAGGUAGCUUAGUGGGUAAGAGCGUUGUGCCAGUAACCGAAAGGUCACUGGUUCUAAUCCCCGAGCCUACUAGGUGAAAAAUCUGUCGAUGUGCCCUUGAGCAAGGCACUUAACCCUAAUUGCUCCUGUAAGUUGCUCUGGAUAAGAGCGUCUGCUGAAUGACUUUGAAUUUGGAGUCUUUUCUCUAGUUCAUUGUGAUGAUGUUGCUUAUGAAAUUAGGGGUACUUUUACAUCUGAGUGGUGCGUGACUUUUGUUUCUACAGAGAGCUAAACAAUUUGGGGAUUUGGUACCGAAUGAGGAAAGUCCAUCCAUCCACAGAAAGCUAUGACUCAAUGUCCAACACAACAAGGUACAUACCAAGUUCAUAAUCAUACUGUUAUGACCAAAUGAGCAUUAACACCCUCUGUCUCAACUUGUAGUUGAAAAGGCCAUGCCAUUGUGUUGUUGUUUAGAGUAUUUGGAAACGUUUGAGUCCCAUUUUAAGAUGUACACGUGUUUACCUUUUGGUAAAUCUGUGAUCCAUUAGUCAGUCAAUGUCUCUUGAGUGAUGGGAUCUAUUACACACAAGUGAUUGACACUUGUUCAUACUCAUACAGUACAUGACCUCAUGGCUGUGCCUGGUCUGAGAAAGCAGUGAGGGAGUACUGAAGCGAAAGGGAACCCAGACAGGAUCCCCUGAAUGGGAGCAUGAGUUCAACAAGGGCUAAACUCCUGCUAUUUGUGCUGUCCCAAGAGGGAGAGCUUGUUCGCUCUCUGACUGUGGUAGCAGGAGUGCUGUUGUACUGUGCAGACAAAGGGGAAGAAACGUAGCCUAGAGAGGCAGAGACAGCUGCAGAGGAAGGGAAGAGAGCGGCAGGCAGUGCAGAGAGCUCCACCAUGCCAUGCUGUUGCCGUACCAUACCCCCAUCCUCAGCUACUCUGUCUUCCCCUGCCUGGGGCCCACAGAGAAGGAGCAGGCCUUUGUACUGCAGCCAAAUCCAACAGCUCAAUUAGGUUGCCAGCUUGAAGUGCUUUGUCCUGGCAUGUUAGAGGCUCGAUGUAGAGUGCAGUGUGAAAACCAACCACUUCACAGCAGAGGUCAGACUGAGGGAGUGGUAUUCAGAGGUGAGACACUGUUCAUAUGGCUACUCGGUGUGAUAACAGAAAGUAUCUAGUUUCAAAGGCAAGGUUUAAAGUGAGCAAACUAUGGUUUGACAGAAGAGACCCAAAAACUAGAGUUGUGUGAAUCACAAAUAUUUGGGGAGCAGAUAGUUAAUGUCUUGAAACGAUCUAGAAAGCCUAGGCCGUAUACCCACUCAACUGUUACCAGUAAUCCUUAGCUCUUUUGAAGCAGACUUUCAAGUUGCUGAGGAGUUGGGGGUAAGAAUAAAUUGCACCUCGAAGCAACACACUUACACACCCCCUCCUGAUGCCUGCUGCGAUCACACACUCCUGUUUUUGUAUUAACAUUAAAAUUCAUGCCACAGUGUGAGAGCCUUGCUUUUAGUGCAUUUCCAUCAACAUUGCACAAAAACACAGGAGCAAGAAGGUGGGCUGAAGAAGAAGCUCCCACUAGCCAAAGUAGACAAUGCCAUUUUAUAAAGUCUAUUUUGCUGUUCUCGUCUUGUUCGGCUGCUCCAGAGCCCUCAUUAUAGACAGAUAAACAACUAACAUUGAAAAUGUGCACCCUUUCAUUAUACUGACCAUCUUGUGCUACCAUGCAUUGUAAUAUGUGUUUAUGAGGCAUAUAGGCUAUGUUUGAUUCAAUUCAGUCAGUAACUGUUACCAAAAUAAGUAUUUCCAUGUUUUCGAACUACUGCAGCAGUUAGUAUGGUAUCUGUCAUUUCUGAAAACUUGGUUGCAUCACUUGACCACUUUCCUUAUCCAUGUUCAGCAUAUGAGAAUUCCCUCCUAUGACCUACGCUGCCUUGGGGCUAUCUAUGACAGCUUUAUGGCCUUUUAGGAAUGGCACCUUAAAUGUACAGUAAGUGCCUUUCACAGUCAGUGGAAAAUAUGUUUUAAAUGCAGUCAAUAUUGUGUAAAUAUUUUAUGACCCUUGUAAAUUUGAAUGCUGGUGAUUCCUUACAUUUAAAGCUGUCAGCAUCUAGGUUAAAGUUACCUAGGCCUUGUUUUGAAUAACCUACGCCUGUAGCUAAACUGAAGAGCGAUGUUGUUACAGAUGUAGAAUCUUAAUUUGAGCCAGUUUGCUACAGCAGGAAAAUAAUCCUGCAGCAAAAGGAAAUGUGAAUUAUUAUGUGGAUUAUAAUUUAUGGAUAUUUUCGUAGGGGUUGAUACCUUUUUUGUAAGGGAAAAGCAAGUCUGAAAUUUCAAAGUGGAAAUUAUAAACUUUAGAAGCCUUUUUAAACCUCAAACACUUAGGAAAGUCCUCGUGCAACAGGAUGAUCAAAUUAAGAUCCUACAUCAGUAUGUACUUGUACCUUUUUCUGAUCAAGUUUGUCUGGAACAUCCUAACUUGCUGCCAUGUCCCAUUUAAUUCAUUUAUUUGGCCUGAUGUCAACCACUUCAGCUCUCUUUCCAUCUUGAGAAGGGCCAGUCGGCCAGUUCCUGUCCCCUUAUGUGGAAAAGCUGUGACGUCCGGUCAGGCUUUUAAUGCAUCCACUACAGCUGCCCCCUCUCCUCUCCUCUCCUCUUUUCCAACGCUGCCAUUUGUUCUCCUGAUAAAACUGUCAUUGCUGAGGCUGAUAUCUGACCUCUAGACAGACUGGUGGCAUAAAUUAGCCUUGUGCUAAUAUUGUCAUGUCUUUUUUCCCCCACAGAAUCAAGGUUUUUGUCAUUUCUCUUAGAAUAAUAGCCUGGACACUUUUUAAAUCAAAUGGCAUAGCGAUAAAAAUGUUGAGGCCAAGCAUCUUUUCCACACUGUAACUGGACCAUAUUUUUAUGAUUUCGGUUUUCAAAACUGUUAUUCAGGUCAGGCACUAUAAUUGAAAGAAAAAAAAGUCUCAAUCUCAAUGCCAGGGUUGGCAUGCAUUCACUCUCCUCUAACUUUUAUAAUGUCCUUUCCUCUGCCUUUGACACUUUCCAAAGUGUUCCAGCUGUGUGUUGGCAUUGUACCUGUCACCAUUCCUCGCUGCCUAACCAACACUCUCCCUGUACCUGACUCUUGAGGGAGGCCAUCAUUGUCUGUGAGUGUGCUGUUUUGACAGAGCUCCCAGCCGUAAUGUCACCGUCACACUUCUUGAAAGCACUCUUUUUCUUUACUUUGUGGAAUCCUAAAAAAGUUGCAAAUGUAUCUCAAAAUCAAGCAAAUGGAUGCAGAACUGUGCCACAAACGAUAGAAUCAUCAAGUGAGAUCUGAUGCUCAGUGUGCUCAGAGAUUCCUGUGAAUUCAGGCAGCUAUUCGUUUCAGCACCUGACACAAAGCUUAAAGGGAGAUAAUGAUGGUUGAGAAAGCAGCCCUUGCAAAUCAGGACUGUCUGCAUGUUGAGGAAGGUGUGGAGAUGUUGUCAUGGAAGAGGCUGGAUGAGUGUCAAAAUAUGAACUCCCAACUCCAUCUAUCACAGCUCAGACUCUUCACUGAUAUAAUUUUUUAUCCUUGUCUUGCCUGUCUGCAGACCACUACUUGUCUAUCCACUGUCUAACAGAUAGACAGCUUCAUUUUCUUUUACCUCAUUUCUAUCUCACGACCACAUUAAACAAAUAUCUAAAACCAUAAAUUGAUAUUGCGCACUAAUGUAGGAUUUUGACAGCUAAUUGAUCUUAUCAAGCAAUCAUCAGUACCCUAGUUUUACUUAGAAAAUUCUGACUUGAAAAUGUAAUGUGUGCCAGCUCAAAGUGAAUCAGGUUUUUAUGCAUAUGGCUUUUAUGCAUAUGUGUUUGUGAUUACAUUCCGCAUCGGUUUCAAUGGACCAAUGGGCUCCUGAGUGAAGUUGUAAUUGUUUAAAUCUUUCAGGCUAUGUUCCCAGUUUUACAGUAAUUUAAUGAGGAACUACACUGUAAUUAAAUAUUCAAAUUAGGAACCAGUGUCAAUAUGGCUCUCGUUGCCUAGAAUGAUGAUGAAUUGUAGUCAAAACUCCAGUGGCCAACAUAAUCUGAGCCCAACCGCUGCCGUUGAUUACGUAGCAAUACACUUGACAUGUUUUUGUUUUAAGAAUUAGACAUGUAAUUGAUUUGCCAUAUGGUACCCUAUAGCCAGUGCACCCAAAUUAUGUCUAGAAAUCCCAGAAUUUGGAUUGACACAGUUCUUUGUGUUUUGUAUGAAUAUGAACAUGAAAAAUCUUCGACCCCUUACUUGAUACAGUGGGGGAAAAAAGUAUUUAGUCAGCCACCAAUUGUGCAGGUUCUCCCACUUAAAAAGAUGAGAGAGGCCUGUAAUUUUCAUCAUAGCUACACGUCAACAAUGACGGACAAAUUGAGAAAAGAAAAUCCAGAAAAUCACAUUGUAGGAUUUUUAAUGAAUUUAUUUGCAAAUUAUGGUCGAAAAUAAGUAUUUGGUCACCUACAAACAAGCAAGAUUUCUGGCUCUCACAGACCUGUAACUUCUUCUUUAAGAGGCUCCUCUGUCCUCCCCUCGUUACCUGUAUUAAUGGCACCUGUUUGAACUUGUUAUCAGUAUAAAAGUCACCUGUCCACAACCUCAAACAGUCACACUCCAAACUCCACUAUGGCCAAGACCAAAGAGCUGUCAAAGGACACCAGAAACAAAAUUGUAGACCUGCACCAGGCUGGGAAGACUGAAUCUGCAAUAGGUAAGCAGCUUGGUUUGAAGAAAUCAAAUGUGGGAGCAAUUAUUAGGAAAUGGAAGACAUACAAGACCACUGAUAAUAUCCCUCGAUCUGGGGCUCCACGCAAGAUCUCACCCUGUGGGGUCAAAAUGAUCACAAGAACGGUGAGCAAAAAUCCCAGAACCACACCUAGUGAAUGACCUGCAGAGAGCUGGGACCAAAGUAACAAAGCCUACCAUCAGUAACACACUACGCCGCCAGGGACUCAAAUCCUGCAGUGCAAGACGUGUCCCCCUGCUUAAGCCAGUACAUGUCCAGGCCCAUCUGAAGUUUGCUAGAGUGCAUUUGGAUGAUCCAGAAGAGGAUUGGGAGAAUGUCAUAUGGUCAGAUGAAACCAAAAUAGAACUUUUUGGUAAAAACUCAACUCGUCGUGUUUGGAGGACAAAGAAUGAUGAGUUGAAUCCAAAGAACACCAUACCUACUGUGAAGCAUGGGGGUGGAAACAUCAUGCUUUGGGGCUGUUUUUCUGCAAAGGGACCAGGACGACUGAUCCGUGUAAAGGAAAGAAUGAAUGGGGCCAUGUAUCGUGAGAUUUUGAGUGAAAACCUCCUUCCAUCAGCAAGGGCAUUGAAGAUGAAACAUGGCUGGGUCUUUCAGCAUGACAAUGAUCCCAAACACACCGCCCGGGCAACGAAGGAGUGGCUUCGUAAGAAGCAUUUCAAGGUCCUGGAGUGGCCUAGCCAGUCUCCAGAUCUCAACCCCAUAGAAAAUCUUUGGAGGGAGUUGAAAGUCUGUGUUGCCCAGCAACAGCCCCAAAACAUCACUGCUCUAGAGGAGAUCUGCAUGGAGGAAUGGGCCAAAAUACCAGCAACAGUGUGUGAAAACCUUGUGAAGACUUACAGAAAACGUUUGACCUGUGUCAUUGCCAACAAAGGGUAUAUAACAAAGUAUUGAGAAACUUUUGUUAUUGACCAAAUAGUUAUUUUCCACCAUAAAUUGCAAAUAAAUUCAUAAAAAAUCCUAAAAUGUGAUUUUCUGGAUUUUUUUUUCUCAUUUUGUCUGUCAUAGUUGACAUGUACCUAUGAUGAAAAUUACAGGCCUCUCACAUCUUUUUACGUGGGCGAACUUGCACAAUUGGUGGCUGACUAAAUAAUUUUUUUCCCCACUGUAUACUUAGAUUCUAUGUUCUUUUAUCAUUCCAUUGAUCGAUGAAGAUCUGUGUUUGUAGCAGAAUCAACUAAGCCCUAUUCUAUGGCAAUGUCUGAUCUUCCCUUGAUUUCAGUCAGUGGCAACCCAUAAUUUCAUUAUAAAGUGCUUUGUUCUUAUACCAAGAAAGAUGCAAUUUUGAGUGGAAUAGUUUUCAAAGGCCGGCUAAACAUAUCUCCAUUUUGACCUUAUAAAAUUGGUGAUAUUUGAGCAAAUGGAUGCUUUAAAAUAGGUUCUCUCUGAAUGCUUCAUUUACAUUUGUGUAUCUCAAUGGAUCUGUUCAUUGUUCUAUGCUAUAUCAUGAACCAAACCGCUCAAACGCAUUUCUUCAAAAGAGCGUCUAAACAAUCUCCCUUCAGUUUAUCAGUGUUUGUGAAAUGUCUCACAGCUUGGAGAGACGUGUCCCUUCCUUUUUCAGCAUUGGAGUCAACCUUUGCAAGGUAAGGGAAGUCUUCAUUAAAUGUUGCAAUCGGUUCCACAAGAUUGAUGCCAACCUUUUAAAAAUUCACCAUUGGCUAGGAUUUAACAUGGCCAAAUGCUGAUGUAAAUGAACAGGGGAAAAGUCGAACCUAUCAUGGCAAAUAAAUCUUAGUUGCAAACUUCAGCUCAUAAAUACCACAAACUGUCAGGGAGCUUGCUUUAUUGCUUUUGAUAGAAAUUAUUGCAUUUAUUUAUCUCAUCAAAAGAGAUAAAACGUAAAAUAGUGCAGUGUUGCCCUCAGAAUAUGCAGAUACUGUCAGAUAUGUCAUUAGUCUUGCAUUUUGGAAAUUAAUUGUUCAGCCUCCUGAAGAUGCAUUGUCCUAACCACAAACAGAGCAAAUGGGCAAACACACAUAAACAUACACAUAAUACACAACUACAUUUUUCCAAAGUUAGUUUGCUUCUUUUAUUUUCUGUCUAAAGAGCAUUUGAGUUAUUUGUUUGAAUCCUUGUUACCCUAGCUAAGGCUAUUCAAGUUUCCAUUAGCAUGAUAUUACAUUCACACCUUGCUCAGCAUUGCCCUACAUUUGGACACACUGUAGAUUAUAGCUACAUCAGAUAUGUUUCAUUAUGUUCGGGAGGAGCUCAUUUAACUUCAAAGCAUGUCCAAUGUCACAUUAUGCAGUUAUCCUGAAGCUGAGACAUUUCUUGUGCUUGCUGUGGAUUUAUCGAUCAGUGGGGGUCAGUCACAGGGUGUAAUUCAUGAUAGCUUGAUUGAUGAGGAUUGAAAUCUUAUAAAGUUUGUUAGCUCCAACUGCCCAUGAAGUGCCUGCUUUUUUUUGUAGUACAAGCUUAUAGUAUGUUAAAACAGACAAUUUAUAUUCCUUUAGCACUAACCAGCCCCUAAUCCCAGACCCAAACCAUUAAAGGUCUACCAAAGCCCCCGUGGCAGCUUUAUUUUCACAUUUCUCCAUAUCCAGCCCUCUUCUGUCAGGUGUGUCUUGUCCUGAUCAGCGCUCUGUUUGAUCUUGAAGGGAGUGGGGGUGUCGUUGUGGGGAUGAUGGGGUUGGAAUAAGAAGAUCCUGCCCCUGUGAAUCCCUUCCCCUCCUUACAUCGAAUCCACGCCUUGGCAUUCUUCUCCAGAUCUCAGAGAAAAUGUCACCUUCAAUGUUGUGGUACACUCAUCUGACAUGGCAUGGUGCUUUAUCUCCUCCAGGAAAUACCUGCAGCGCUCCCCACCAGCCCCUACAGGAGGAGCACCAGCAGGCCUGACUCAGAGAGCUCCA